AUGGUGGACGGGGAUGGUGGGUUGGUAGCAUGGCUGGUGGCGGCGGAGGAUGGAGCAGGCGAGGGUCUGCAAGACGAUCAGCUGAACUCUCUGCUGGAGAGCCUCCUCUCACACCAGGUCGACCCUCGUGAGCUCGCAGCAUUCCCUGCCCAGCAGGGGGAGCAAGACGAGAAGGCGGCAUUGAAGUCAGGAGCGCAGACAGUGUUGGAUCUCAUCACUCAGACGUUCUUGUACGGCUCUGAGAACGGCAGGCAGCUCGUCAUCCGCAUCCUUCACGCCAUGGCCCUGCAGCGGAAGAUGUUAUGGGAGAGCCUGAGCAAGAGGAAGUUUGAAAGCGGCAUCGCCUUCAUCAAGCUCUUCGGUAAGCUUCCCAGCGGUGAGGUCGAGAGCAUGUGGCUCCUCCUCAUCGCCGACCUCUGCGUCAUGCCGGAGGCUGCCAAGAAGGUCAGUCAGAUUCUCUCCUCCUCCAAGGACACGCUGGACAAGGUCUUGACGCUCGUGGGGACCUCCAGCGCGCACGAGGACAGGGUGCAUGCUUCGAGGAUAGUGCGCUUCGUGUGCGCUCAUGAGCCGCUGAAGGGCAAGAUCUUGACGCUGCAAGGAGUAGUCAUGAAGUUCUCCAGGCUGCUGGUGCUGCCAGGGGACGAGCAGGCGGAGCUGCUGGCGCUGCCCUCCAAGAUCCAGUCGCGUCCUACGUCGAGGCAGAACCAGGCGGAAGGUCAAUCGACCUUCCGAGGGAGCAGGGGAGGGGCGCAGAAGCAGACGGCGGUGAAGCGAACGCCGAGCAAGGGGAAGCUAAACGCUAUCACUGAGGACGACGAGCCCCUGUCGGUGGUCGAGGAGAGGAGCAUGGAGGUGGACAGCGAGUCGGGCCCGAUCUCCCGCGCUGCCUCCGGGGCCCGGAGGCAGUCGGUGUCGAGCAUACCGUCGGAGGGGAAGGGGAGGAGGAAGAGCGACGCCGUCAAAACUGAGCUUUUCGUCUUGACCCUGGACAACGCUUCCUCCUCCCAUAGAGUGCAGGGCAACAUAGCAGCGACGGUGGCCACCAUCCUGCAGGAUGAGAAGAACUUGUCGUCGCUCGCAGAGCAUCACUUGAGCUCCUUGGUCACUCCCCUCCUCCGCCUCUUCCGCAAGUCGCAUGGGUCGGCGCAAGAGCAUGCUCUGAGAGCUCUCGGCAACCUCUUCGCCAAGCGGGGCUGCACUAGCCUCCUCCACAGCCUCGACACCCUCACAGACGUGGUGGAGGACCCGCCCAAGAAAGUCUCCUCCUCCCGCUCUGCAGACUUCUGUGUGCAGGUCCUCCUGCAUCCUCUGCUCCAGGUCCUCCUGCAAGGAAGCGCGCGGGCUCAACAGUACGCCGCCCUGCUCGUAGCGAAUUUGGCGUGCGAUGAGGCAGUAUCACGCAUUAUCCUGGAUGUGCCAGAGCUGAUCGAAGUCGUUCAAUCUCGCUAUCACGAUCACCUCCAAGGGAACCGAGCUCGAGCUCCGACUCCCGACCUCUCGUCCAGCAGCCUGCUAGAUCUCAGCUCGACAAAGAGCACGUGGGUCACCGACAUAUCUGGGGGAGGAGGAGGAGGAGGGGGGAUCGUUGGACCAACCUGCGGCGAGCUGUGCGGAGUCGCGCUGAGCAAUCUGGCGAGGAGCAGAGUGGUGCCGUUCGGGGCGAAGACGAAAGGGAACUUGAAGUUUGCAACCUUGUAG